AUGGAAUCAUACAAGGCAACAUAUAACCAUCACAUAAAUCCAAUACCUGGACAACCGCUGUGGGAGGUUUCAGAAUUUAAUAAGCCACGUGCACCAAAGGUUAAGCGGCCACUAGGAAAAUUACAGAUGAAAAGAAGAAUGGAUUCAGAUAAAAAACAUGGAGGAGGCAAGAGAUUGAGGGUAGAUACUAAGAACAAUGAUAACACUCAUUUGAAAAGGCAGCUUGGAAAAUUUACUUGCAGUUAUUGUGGUGAUAAAGGUCACACCAAGAGAGGUUACAAAAAGAAGAGAUUGGCUGAUGCAGCAGCAGCAGCAGCUGCUGCUGCUGCUGCUGUGGCUGAGGCUGAGGCUGCUACAAAAAACAAAGAGGGCGAAGGGGGAGGAGAUCCAAUAGCCGACCAAACAUGCGUUGCUACCUCUGAUGGAACGAACCAACAAGGUGAAGGAGAAAAUGUACAACCUAUUGAUUUAGCACCUAUUGUUACAGCAGCCAGUGAUGUCCAACAAGUAGAACUUGAUUUGUCUCUCAACCUACCUGUUGCUGAAAAUAUAAGGCCUACAAAGCUGCCGGCAAGAAGAAGAAGUUCUCCAUCACCGAGUUCUGUCACAGUCAAUCCAUUGCAGGGUGCUAGCUCAGGAACAACAUCAAGGAUGACCAUCGCAGAAUUGGACGAUAACCACACCCACACCAUUCCGGCAUCCUCGCACUUCUGUUUCGGCUUUGUGACCUGGCCCAGUUAUCGGUUGGAGGACAAUGAUUCGAGUUUUCAGCUGCGAUUAAAAGAGAUAUCCAUUAUGAAGAUUUUCAAACAUCCAAAUAUAGUUAGGUUGCAUGAGGCUCAACAGGGAAAGCUUCCUAAAAAUAAUUCUAGGCGCUACUUUCAACAACUUAUAAAUGUUGUUGCUCAUUGUCACAAGAAGGGUGUGUACCAGAGAGACUUGAAGCCUGAAAACCUUCUUCUUGAUGCAUUCGAAAAUUUGAAAGUCUCUGACGUCGGAUUGAGUGCAUUGACAAAGCAGAGUGUUGAUGUUCUCCACACGACAUGUGGGACCCCAAAUUAUGUUACACCUGAGGUGCUAGGCAAUCAAAAUUAUGGUGCAACAACUGAUGUUUAA